GGCAGUGCUACUAAAUACUAACGCAAUUAUAAUAAAUCUGUUGAAUGUACCUAUAAUAUAAAUUUAUUUUUUAAUCUGCGAAAAUGUAUGUUCCUUUCCUUGUAUACAAUUCGAACAAACGCAUGAUGCUUAUCUUGAAUACUCACAUGAAUAGUACUUGCGAAAUUUUGUGAAGAUAAAGAAGAGCAAAUUUUACGUGAAUCGACUAUAAAUAUUAUUUUUUAUUAGUUUUUUAUACUUUUAUAAAAUUAUUAAUUAUGGCAAUAGAUUUCAAAAAAGUUUUUUUUUACUUUGGCUUGUCUAUCUUUUUUGUCGGUAGUGCCAUUUGCAUAAACAAUUUUCGAUCGGGACGACAAACCAACAACGUCAUUGAACCGGGAAUAUUUUCAGAUCCUACACUCAAAUUUGUCAACAUAUUAUUUCGUCAUGGAAAUAGAGCGCCAAUAUUCAAGUACAAAACAGACCCACACAAAAAUGCUUUUCCUGAAGGAAACGGAGAAUUAACUAAAAAAGGAAAGCAAAAUAUGUACAAAAAAGGACAAAUAUUUCGACGCUUAUACAAUGGUUUCUUAAGUGACUUAUAUUUGGAUAGUGAGAUCUUAACCAAAACUACUAACAAAAGACGGACUUUCAUGUCAGCAGCAAUGGUUUUAGCUGGAAUGUAUCCACCAAAAGACUAUCAAAAAUGGUCAGACACGGAAACUAUUUGGCAGCCUAUUCCUAUUUACAACGAUUCGCCAGACCACGGAACAUUGUUUGAUGAACGAGGAAAAUGUCUAGCUUUUGAUUUUAUGAUGAAUAAGUUAUUUAUUCAAAUAGGCAAUCUUGCCGACGAAAAUACAACAACAUUAUUGUCGUAUUUGUCUGAAAAAUGUGGACAACCGAUCACUAAUACGAAUAUAAUAAGGCUAGACGACCUAUUUUUAUGUCAAAUGGCUGAAGGCUUACCACUGCCGGAAUGGAUUAAGCCUUACCACAUUGAAAAAAUAAAGUCAAUUUCUAGAAAUAAAAAAAUAACAAGAAUGUGUUUUGAAAAUAGUAGAUUUCAGAAAAUUAUUAUAGGAUCUCUGCUAAAUGAAAUUGGCUUAAACAUGGAAUCACGUUCAAAUAAUAAUGAUACAAGAAAAAUGUAUCUUUAUUCAGGACACGAUAUUAGUGUAGCAAUGGCAAUGAGCUUUCUAGGCAAUACAAAUAUUGACAUGCCCAAUUUUGGUGCUUCGUUACAUUUUCAUUUGUAUUAUGACGAAAUUAAUGAAUACACUAUCAAAGUGUACUUUUACGAUCGUUGGGACAAUGAAAAAGGAAUAGAAGUUCCAAUAUCUACUUGCGGUAAUCCAUGCAAAUUUAAGGACUUUAAAAAUAUUUUAGACAAUAAUUUUUCUGGAAAAUUUGAUGAUGAGUGUCAACAAUUAGAAAGUUAAUCUCAUUUAUUAUUAUUAUCAUUUACAUUUAACCGUAUCUAUUAAAGAUUUGUUUUGAAUAAUCUAUGAUUAUUUUAGACACUUAUCUAAUUCUAAAAAAAAAGAAUAGUUUUAAUAUUUUACAAAACUUUGUCUAGUUUGUAUUAUUAUUACCUAUCGGCUAUCUGUCUUCUAUGUAGUUAAAACUUAGAUUUACACUUU